UGAUUUAGAAAAUCGGCGUCCCAAAACGAAACUGAUGUUUGUGUGCUUUGUUGAUUCUUAUGUAGAUGCCGCUCCAUCAGAAUUUGAGAGAGUUAUUGUUUUUGCGUGAAGAACGUGGAGGAGCUCCAGAGAGAGGCCACGUCAUCCUGCUCCAUCUCCACAUCCUCAGAGCAUACUUCUCCCUCCUCACAUAGUGGAGGCGGUUCAGCUGGACGGAGAGAUCCUGCAUGCGCUGUUGAAGCGAGUGUGUUCUGUGGCGUAUCGGCACCUGGACAAGCACAAGAUCAAGCCGGUGCUCUACAUGAUGGAGUGGUUCAUGUGCGCCUUCUCCAGAACUCUGCCCUGGGCCUCGGUCCUCAGAGUGUGGGACAUGUUCUUGUGUGACGGAGUGAAAAUGAUAUUCCGUGUGGGCUUGGUGGUGUUGAUGUCCAUGCUGGGUACUCGGGAUAAGCUCAAGGCCUGUCCGGGUCAUUAUGAGACCAUGGAGGUCCUCAGAGCGAUUGAGCCUAGAUACAUGCAGGAGGGCUUCUUAGUGCUCCAGGUUCUGGAGUUGCAGGUAUCGGCACAGGACGUGGAACAUGAGCAACGCACGCAGCUGAAGUGCUGGAAGAAGAAGCGCGGCGAGCCCGGCCCCAAACUCCCUCAGAGAAUGCACAGUGCUCGCGCCAUCAUAGCCACCGAGCCUCAUACACACCAAGACCUCCGCCAGAAACCCACCAUUAUGGUCCAGUACCCAUCGAUCCCUGAGGAGAAGUCCGAGCUGAACCUCAGGAAGAAGAGAGGGAGCCUGAAGAAAAACCAAGCCCUCAUUCCUAACCCCUACGCGCUACCUGGUGAGUCUAAACCUAGUCAGAUAUUGGACAUACAGCUUCUGAACCAGGAAAAUCUCAAUCUUGUACUUCCAAAUCCACCAUCGCAUCCACCACGGCUCCCUACAAUGCAGGAAAAUCAGGUCAAAGAGACGAGCACUUCUACAGAGCGACUCGUGCAUCGUCCUCGAAUUCCUCCAUCGAUAAGAAACCGGGGGAAUCUAUCCCUCUGCAACAUCUAUCCCUCCUUACUGCUCCUGUACACGGAUCACCUUCAGCGUGGCGUCCUCACCUGCUGAAAUGUCCUCCUGUCCAAUCCAGAGAACCUGACCAUGAUGAGCUCCCUAAUAAUACAGAAAACUCAGCCACCAUUUUGGAUCCAUCUACAGACUCAAGCCCUCUGCUAACGCACAACGCACCUGCCACCCACGACUCGCCUGCUGCUCCCGAGUACAAAAACAACACUCAUUGAUUUAUUAUUUUUUUAUUGUGCGUGUUAAACUGUGUGAUACGUUGAGGAAUUGAUUAUUGGCACACGUCUACUGAAUAGCAAGGAUCGUUAAGUCUUUAACAUGUUAUAGUUUACACCAGAGGAACUGCAAACAAUCUGAGAAAGGGAGAAACCCGUCAGCUACUAGAGGGCACACUUGGUCCAAAAAUGUACACACACUCCACAAAAACUCUGCAGUUGCUGAGGAGUGUUUACUCGCUCCAGUCUUCAGAAGGGAAGCUACCUACAGAUUCACUUUUGAAAGACUUUCACAGGCAUCACAAACAUUUGUUUAUAUUACACUCGUAUCAAUUUGGCAGAUUUUUUUCUUCUUAAUCCGAAGCAACCACCACUUCUUUGUGUUUGUAUUUCACAAAUUUCCUUACCACAUCUUACAAGAGCUGCACGACAAUCACAACAAUCCUUUACAAUAGGCACAGCCUUUUCAUUAACACAAUCUCAGUGAAAUAUCUACUGUCUGUAUACUUUACACGCAAACAAAACAACUCAAGCUGAGAACUUUAUUGCUGAUUCACGUUAUACCACACCGCCUUCUAAUAUAGAUCUGAUCUAUAUUAUAUAUACGUGUACCUUAGAUAACGCCUCUCUGAACGCCAUGGUGGGACGUUCCCGAGUUGAAGUACUGUACAAGUCCUAAGCAUUAGAUCACCCCAAUUACUCUUGUAUACUCUUUCCAUACCAUCGUGAUCUUUGCCUGACGAAGCCAUACACAAACAUAUUGGAUAUUUGGGGCCUAAUUCUAAAAUCACCAGAUACCAUAUGCACAAC